AUGGACUCCGCCGCGAACUCCACGACUGGGACAAACGGCACGGGCGCCGGCGUUGACCCUACCCUCGCGCUCCUCGCCUCGCUCACGCCCGCGGAGAUCAUGGGCGGGCUAUUUGUCGAGAUAUUCGUCGCAUGCAUGUGGGUCCUCGUCACUCGAUGGUCUCUCCCGUCCCCCUGUGGUGGCCGAUGCGCCGCAACGCCAAGGCUCUACGGCCUCACCUCCCUGCAGGCGUUCAUCUACUACCAGACGUACCCAAACGACAACAAGGUGCUCAAGUGGCUGGUGGGGAUCGUCUGGGUGCUCGAGUCAGUGCACACCGCGGUCUGCAUCCAGUUCAUGUACUCGUACCUGAUCGAUGGAUUCGCCAACCCGCUCGUUUUUCUGGUCGUCGAAAAAGGUGUAGGGGUAACCAUCGUGAUGAGUUCUUGUAUUGCUCUUGUGGUACAAGGGUAUUAUACUUGGAGAGUGUUUAUCAUGAGCAGCAGGACGUAUUUCUUGACAGGCGUCAUCGCUUUCUUUGCCUUGGCAAGAAUUGGAUUUGGUAUCGCGUGCGCCAUUUUGACGUACAAGUACCCUAACUGGCUUGUGCUUCGCAAUCUCACCAUUUCUCUCACUUGCGUGAGCGGCGCACUAGGGUCCGCGGCGCUGGUCGAUCUUUUGGUUGCGCUCACCCUGACGUACCUGCUCAAGAAGCGGUCGGACGCCUACAACAGGGCGUCGCAAAGCAUGGUGAACAAGAUCCUCAUUUACACUGUUCACACCUGUGCCAUCACUGGCACGGCCUCCCUGCUCUGCGUGAUCCUGUUCGGGACGAACAAGACGAGCCUCGCCUUCCUCGGCCUCGUCGAGAUCCAGACCAAGCUUUACGCGAAUUCGUUCCUCGGCUCGCUCAACGCGCGCGUCCACAUCCGCGGCGUCGGCACAAGCGAACGCUCCGGGCCGCGAGUGACGACCUCGACUAACAGCAACCACACAGGGCCCGUGGUCGAGAUCCUCCGCUCGACGACGACGCAAGUCGACCGCGACUUCGCGGUCCAAAUGCCGAUGGACGUGUACGACCUCAAGGAUAUGAAGUCGAAGCACCCCGCACUCGCAUAG